AUGCAUGAGAUGAUCGGGAACAAUGUCUCGAACGUUGAAUCUACAAUGAUUCAGGUUGACCAUGGUCCCUGGGCCCAAUGUGUUGUGCUCGACGGACCCUUUGGUCGUCUCUGGCUGCGCAAAUUAUCAUUGGAGUGGGAACGACGGCCGUUGCACCUAGUUUGGGAGUGGAUCAUCUGGACAGACCCCGGAGGGAUACCGUCCCCUCCCUCCUCCUGGUCCCCAGCAGCACCCUCCCCGCUGCCGGUCCCGAGCAACCUUCAUCCGACUGAUAAGUUUCGGACCCCAAAGAUGUCAGCACUUUCUGUUCACUUCAAUACCAUUUCGGAAACGCCCAUGUUGACCACUAUGUCGCGGCAUUCAGAUAUGUCCGAUGACGCGGACUCCCCCGACGUCAAGUGCUUCCAAGAACUACCCGAUGACACAUAUGAAGCCAUCGGGUCGGAGGCCCGCGCUAUCCGGAAGAUCAUAAGAGAGCAGCAGAACCUUCCCAUCAAGGUGAUGAAAUACCCGUGUUUCAUAAACGUCCCACCAAAUAUUGUGGAAGAGGUUUCUUUGAGCUCCGCUCGACAUAUGUUCAGUUACGACACUCGAUCUAUGAUCAUAAAGCUCGUGACUGGGGCCCAUGACGCAGCUUCACGCGGCCUCCUUUGUGAAGUGCGAGAUGUGGUACACGAUAUGGGACUGCAUAGGUCGAUUCACCCGGUAGGGUCUAAACGAGUCCGAGGAGUGUCUUCUUCAAAGGAGGCCGACGAGUCGUGGGUCCCUACGCAACAUGUUCCAGGUCGCGAUGCAAAAUGGCCGACCGUUGUGGUCGAAGUUGGAGUCUCUGAGUCCUAUCGAAAGUUGAAGGCAGAUGCAGAAUGGUGGCUCACGAACUCCAAGGGCGAUGUGAAUCUUGUAAUCAUCGUGUCUAUCAAUCGAACGACACCCAAUAUCAAGUUUGAGGCUGUUUCUUUGGACAUCAGCUCCUUACGACACCAGCGGCCCCGCUACGUCCCAACUAUACGGCAGUCCAUUACGACAUCCCGCCGCGGCGCACAGACUACCACCAGCCCAGCAGUAGCCUUGACAAUCGAGUUUGAGGAAUUGUGUUGUUGCCAACCAGUCCCGCGCGAGCAUGACAUUGAAAUCUCACCAGAUCAGUUGGCAGAUAUCUCAAGCGAGGUCUGGAUGGAGCAAAGUCUAUAA